UAAUUAGCCUAUGAUUGUUGCAAAAUGGUGAAGAAGUCGCUAAAAGUAAUUUAAAUCAGAUAAAGACACCACAUAAUGUUUAGCGGUACAAUAAAUCUGUUUUGUUCCAUUAAAUAAUAAUUAUGUUACGACAUUUAUUGGAACAACAACAACAAUUAUAACAACAAUAACUUUCAAGACAAGAGUAAACAUCAGCAUUUAUUUUUUAUUACAAAAGAAGAACCAGGAUGGACCCAAAAAUUACCAGCCACGACAAGGCUGUUCUAACAAGAAUCUUUAAUCCUAAUCUGCCCUAUGGGGACACUUACGAGGAAGAGGAAAAUGUUGGAGAACACUUUGAAGAAGUGGAAACUGAUGACAUUAAAGAGGCCAAGCGACUUGAGUUAGAAGGUGUGAAGGCGGCAGAGGCUGGGCAGGUAGAUAAAGCCCUGGAGUUGUUUUCUCAAGCUAUCACUGUGGCCCCUGAGCACCCAUCGAGUUACAACAACAGGGCUCAGGCACUGCGCCUCAAGGGGGAUAUCCCUGGUGCCCUUACUGACCUUGAUAAAGCCCUGGAGCUGUCCAAAGGUCAGGGAAAGGUCGCCUGUCAGGCGUACACACAGCGUGGACUCAUCAACCGUCUACAAGAGAAAGACAAUGAAGCAAAAUGUGACCUCACUCAUGCUGCUCACUUGGGAGGCCAGUUUGCCAAGCAACUGCUGGUAUCCAUGAAUCCCUAUGCUGCUCUAUGUAACCAGAUGCUUGCCGAUGUCAUUGGAAAACUGAGGACUGGCGAGGAAAUGGAAUGACCUAUCACAACUGGCUCAAGCAGUCAAACAUGCUAUGAACUUAUUCAAGACAAAUUAACAAAUAGCAAAAUAUCUUCCUGAUCUGCAUACUUUGGGAUUUAAUCAUUAAAUGUAUUUUAAUCUAAAGCUAGUCAGGGCAUUUCUUCAGGAUUUGGGGUAAGGGCUUGAAAUUCCGUUGAAGGGGAAAAAAUAUUGACCAAGUUGAGUAAGGUGAUAUAAUUUCCAAGGUUAACUUGCUUCAUUUGAAAGAAGAGUUCUAUAUAAGGCCCCUUCUGAGGAAAGAUAAAAAGCCCUGCAAUUCUACAUUAAACCGUUUAUCAUUGUUUUGUUUGCUGUUAAGCAUCUGGAGGCACAAAGUGAAGCCAUGUUAUAUUAUGGCUGUAUCAGCCAAAACUCCUGAGGAAUAUUCAUUUAACUCAUUGCUUUGCAUUUACAAUUAUUGACAAUUUAUGAACAACGUAAUAAUCUGUAGUGUACAUGCCAAAAAUAUUUAUAUUUUAUGUACCUAUUUGUUAUUUUUUACACGUUAUUAAGUUAUCCAUGCAUAUAAAGCAGUUAAAGAACAUUUUAGGAACAUUUUAGUAUAUGUUUGACUAUGUAAGACAGUUUUGAUUCUAGUUACUUUGAAAAUAGUUUAUUCCAUUAAUUAUGCUUUUAUUCAUAAGGUUUUAUUAUGUUACUGUGAAUGGGAUUUGUAUAGAUCAUACUUUUUUAUAAACACACAACCUAUUUAAAUUGAGUGUUAGAUUUGGUUUAUCCAGAGUCUGUUACCUUAAAUUAAUGAUGCUGUUUAUUUCGUCAUUUUCCCAAACUGUCUGAAACUGUUUACUAUUCAUAUGUAAAAAUAUAAUCUCUUCAGUGCUUGCCAUUUAGCUUACAGUAUUUUAAAUGAUUGUAAUGCAAUUGUACAUAAGCAUUCCAGUUCAAAGACCUAUAUUGGAGAUAUUUGUUACAAGAUAUUGCUUAAGUUUGAUCCAUAUAUUAUACAAGAUAUUGCUUAAGUUUGAUCCAUAUAUUAUUUAUAUAUGUAUGUUAAUAAAAUGAUUUUCAUGAUUA